UACAAAAGCACAUUUUUGUCCUCUGAAUUAACAUGGAGACACACUGGUCUACAUUAGGUGCAUUGAUUCUAUCAUUUGGUGUGCUUGUACAGCCUUUUCACAUACACAUCGGGACCCAUUCAAAACCAGGCCAAUGCCCACGCCACCUUAACAGCAUUCCAUCACGUCUGGGGUGUGAGUGUGAUGAAGACUGUCCUGACGACCACAAGUGCUGUGAAUAUUUCUAUGGGAAUAUCUGUUUGCCUCCUGUUUUCAUAAAGGCGGAGUGUCCACAUUUCAGGAAUAUAGGGAAUUGUUUUCAUCUGUGUGCUGAUGAUCGCCACUGUCUACAUGGUAGAAAAUGCUGCUUCAAUGGAUGUGGAUAUGAGUGCAUGGCACCAAGAAUAGUGAAGCCAGGUCACUGUGGUCUACCAAAUCACCACUGUGAAAGGCACUGCAGUGAUGAUACGCACUGUGAUGGACAUGAAAAAGAGAUGCCAAACAGAAGGUCAAAAAUCCAGAACAAGACCAAAGGUGAUGAUCUCUACUCAGGAAUUGAGGUGAACAUGGAGAGACGCUGGUCUACAAUAGGUGCACUGAUUUUGGUAUCCAGCAUAUUUUUGCAGUCUCAUGCAAUAUCCCCUCCAAGAGAAGGUGAAUGCCCAAGAAUCUUUUAUGGCAUCAUAUGGCAACACUGUCAGGAAGAUAGCGAAUGUCCUGGAAACCAUAAAUGCUGUUUGUUUGACAGGACCUUUGCCUGCGCCCCUCCUGUUAUUAAAGUGUGUCCUGGCACCAACGGGAGGGUGGGACUGUGUGCUGAGUUCUGCUCUUCAGACCGCGACUGCUCAAGGGGUUUUAAGUGCUGUUCCAAUGGGUGUGGGCAUCAGUGCACUAGACCAGUAACUGUGUAUAUGUAAAGCCACGUUACUGCAGUCUGGGAACGUUCACUGUCAGGAGGGCUGAGCUGAUCAAAAGAAAAGGAGUGCUGUGAGACAACCUGUGGUCAUGUCUGCAUGGAACUCUUCUGG